ACACCAAAACAUGUCCUGAAUUCGAGCAAACACUCGUCCAAAUCGUCACCGAUAAACAAAUCGCUGCUCCAACAACAGCCGCAGGAACACUCCGUCUCUUUUUCCACGAUUGUAUGGUCGAUGGCUGCGAUGCCUCAAUCCUCGUUGCUUCUACUCCACGUAAAACAUCAGAACGUGACGCAGAUAUCAACCAUUCUCUACCUGGAGACGCAUUCGACGUAAUCACACGUAUUAAAACCGCCGUAGAACUCAAAUGUCCCAACGUCGUUUCUUGCUCUGACAUUCUCGUCGGUGCAACACGUAGCUUGGUCACAAUGGUCGGAGGUCCGAGAAUUAACGUUAAGUUCGGUCGGAAAGAUAGUCUUGUCUCGGAUAUGAAUCGUGUUGAAGGAAAGCUAGCUCGACCUAACAUGACUAUGGAUCAUAUCAUUUCUAUUUUCGAGUCUAGUGGUUUGACCGUUCAAGAAAUGGUCGCUCUUGUUGGUGCUCACACCAUUGGUUUCUCUCAUUGCAAAGAGUUCGCGAGUCGGAUCUUUAACAAGUCCGAUCAAAACGGUCCGGUGGAGAUGAAUCCGAAAUACGCGGCGGAGCUGAGGAAGCUGUGUGCGAAUUAUACAAAAGACGAAGAGAUGUCUGCGUUUAAUGAUGUUUUUACCCCUGGAAAAUUUGACAACAUGUACUACAAGAAUUUGAAGCAUGGUUACGGGUUGCUCCAGUCAGAUCACGCGAUUGCGUUUGAUAACAGGACGCGGUCACUGGUGGAUCUUUACGCGGAGAACGAAACGGCGUUCUUUGACGCGUUUGCCAAGGCAAUGGAGAAAGUUAGUGAGAAGAAUGUGAAGACAGGGAAGCUUGGAGAAGUAAGAAGGCGGUGUGAUCAAUACAAUGACUACAAGGGGUAAAUUAGAAAGUUACCUCUGUUAACACAAACACAUUCAAAAAAGAAAAAAAGUUUCAUAUU